AUGUCGGACGGGAUCAUGAGCAAGGCUGCAACCAUGGAGAUCCCNAUCAGCAGCAAUGGGGACACGGGCAGCCUGCCAGAGGAUGACAGCUUGGAGCAGGACCUGCAGCAGGUGAUGGUGUCGGGGCCCAACCUCAACGAAACCAGCAUUGUCUCUGGUGGCUAUGGGGGCACGGCUGAAGGCAUCAUCCCCACCAGCACCAUCAAAGGCUCCGGGCUGCACCAGCCCCACCCCAGCCCAGCCGUUGGAGGGGAGGAAGUUGUCCGUGGCAUCGCCGUGGAGAAGUUUGACAUUGUCAAGAAAUGGGGUAUCAACACGUACAAGUGUACCAAGCAGCUGAUCUCAGAGCGGUUUGGCCGGGGCUCCCGCACCGUGGACCUGGAGCUGGAGACACAGAUUGAGCUGCUCCGGGAGACAAAGCGCAAAUACGAGUGUGUGCUGCAGCUCGCGCGGGCUCUCACCAACCACUUCUACAGCCUGGUGCAGACACAGCACGCCCUGGGGGAUGCCUUUGCGGACCUCAGCCAGAAGUCUCCCGAGCUGCAGGAGGAGUUUGGUUACAACGCGGAAACACAGAAACUGCUCUGCAAGAACGGAGAAACACUACUGGGGGCUGUCAACUUCUUUGUCUCCAGCAUCAACACACUGGUGAACAAGACAAUGGAGGACACGCUCAUGACAGUCAAGCAGUACGAGACAGCCAGGCUGGAGUACGAUGCAUACCGCACGGACCUGGAGGAGCUGAGCAUGGGCCCUCGGGACGCCAGCACCCUGUGCCGGCUGGAUGCAGCCCAGAGCCAGUUCCAGAGCCACAAGGACAAGUACGAAAAGCUGCGUGCUGAUGUGGCCAUCAAGCUCAAGUUCUUGGAGGAGAACAAGAUCAAGGUGAUGCACAAGCAGCUCCUACUCUUCCACAACGCUAUCUCUGCCUACUUCGCUGGGAAUCAGCAGCAGUUGGAGCAGACCCUCAAGCAGUUCAACAUCAAGCUGAAGACCCCUGGUGCUGAGAAGCCCUCCUGGCUGGAGGAGCAGUGAGCCCCCCCCUGCCGCCC